UUUUGCUCAGCCCAGUCUCAGCAGACCAGGCAGGCCCCGCAGCAAGGCCCAGGCGCAGGCACCACCAAGGGAACAUGGGGCGCAAGCCGAGCCCCAGGGCUCAGGAGCUGCCUGAGGAGGAGGCACGGACCUGCUGUGGCUGCCGCUUCCCGCUGCUGCUGGCACUGCUGCAGCUGGCGCUGGGCAUCGCGGUGACGGUGCUGGGCUUCCUCAUGGCGAGCAUCAGCCCCUCCCUGCUAGUCAGAGAUACUCCGUUCUGGGCUGGGAUCAUUGUCUGCGUGGUGGCCUACCUUGGACUGUUCAUGCUUUGUGUCUCAUACCAAGUUGACGAGAGGACAUGUGUCCAGUUUUCUAUGAAGGUAUUCUACUUCCUGUUGAGUGCCCUCGGCCUGAUGGUCUGCAUGCUGGCUGUGGCCUUUGCCGCCCACCACUACUCCCUUCUUGCACAGUUUACCUGCGAGACCUCCCUGGAUUCUUGCCAGUGUAAGCUGCCUUCCUCGGAGCCGCUCAGCAGGGCCUUUGUUUACAGGGAUGUGACUGACUGUACCAGCGUCACUGGCACUUUCAAAUUGUUCUUAAUCAUCCAGAUGGUCCUAAACCUGGUCUGUGGCCUCGUGUGCUUGCUGGCUUGCUUUGUGAUGUGGAAACACAGGUACCAGGUCUUUUAUGUGGGUGUUGGGCUACGCUCCCUGAUGGCUUCUGAUGGCCAGCAACCAAAGGCCUAACAGGUUGGCUCAGAGGGAGGCAAGCUCAGAAACAGCACACCCACUGACUAGGCAAGGUGAAAAAAACCACAAUUUUGUAAAGGCAAACUUUUGACAACGAAUACUUUUUCAUUCUCUAAAUGUGUAUUUUUAGAUUUUUUUUUUUUCAGAAAACAAAACAACUUGUUUUUUGGAUCUCUACUGUACUUUUUACAAACUUCUUGUGAGGACAGGGGUGGAGAGACGGCUUACAAGAAAAGAGGACUUACUGCUCUUGCGGAGGACUCGACUUUAAGUUCAGUUCCGGAGCCCAAGUUCAGUGGCUCACAGUUACCUGUACCUCCAGCUCCGGGGACAUUGGGUGCACACGCAUGCACACACACGUAAUUUAGAAAAUCUAACCUAUUUCUAAAGUUCUAAUGAGAAACAAGAUUCAAAUUGACUUGGUGAACACCGAAAGGAAAAGAACAACAGACAAGGAACAGAUGACCUAGAGCCGGUGCUAGCUCUGGUGCUUAUCGCUGCCGCCCUUACAUCCUCACCCUCCUCCGCCUUCCGGUUAGUCCAGUGCGAUGGUGUGAACUGGCAUCACAGGCCACUCCGUAAACUCUAGAGUCUUCUGGCUCCUCUACCACCUGCCAUUAUCCCCGUGGAGUCUUGGGAAAGGUCUAAGGAAAGCUGGAUCUCAGUUGAGUGCUUUUAUGUUUUCACAGUGGAGAUGUCUUCAAGGUAUGAAAUGGCUUUUUAAAAAAAAACUAGUUGAACAGGAAGGCUGAGUGAUUCUGAACACCUGGGGUGGGGUGCAGACUUCCGGUUGCCUUAGCUCCGAUCCACGAGUGGGCUGCAGCCUCCGUGAGGUCUGAUUCACCAUAAUUGAAAGGUGGUGCUGUUGCAUUCUUAACGACGAGGAAAGUUUAAAAAUAAUUAUAUUAUGCCUCUAGUCUGUCAUCUAAAACAAAUCAUUAAGACUAAUUUCCAGCUAAUUGUUCAUUAUAAUUAUGCUCAGGAUUCUGUUUAAUGAGCUCUGGCUGUUCUUAGGCAGCACCGUUGGUGUUAGGAAAAAUUACAGCCACAAGGGAAGAUGGCUGAAGAUCCACUUUCCUGGAAAUCAACCACUGCAAAAAAUGAUCUUGUAAAACAUUAAAACACUCUCAGAGGAAAAGAAUAACCAAGAGCAUUUAUCAUAGGAAAUGCUUAUAUUUUUUUUUG